AUGGGAAAAUGUCAUUUGAUGAGGAAACAUCGAGAAGAAUCAGUUUCGACGAGUUCGAUUAGAGAGAAAGGUGAGAAGAAACAUCCUUAUUAUAGGGGUACCGGACAGAAAUGGCGCUCUGUUGAGAAACUCUUUUUGCAGUGCAAAUUGAGCGACCUCGGGGCCGAGUUUGAAAAUUUAGGCCACGUUUUCAGUGGAAAAUUACUUCGCGGCCUAGAAAUUCGACCAGAUUGCGAACAGCGCGCCCUUUCUGUCCGGUGCCCCUAUAAUAAUUUUCCACUGAAAAUGUGGCCUAACUUUUCAAACUCGGCCCCGAGGUCGCUCAAUUUGCACUGCAAAAAGAGUUUCUCAACAGAGCGCCAUUUCUGUGCGGUGCCCCUAUAAUAGCUGCACAACGUGUUCGGUCACUUUUCCAGAACCAUUCAUUUUAUUGUCGAUUAUUUCAGGUGAUCUGAACUGGAACACGAGAAAUUUUGUGCCGGAAUUCGAUAAAAUCUCUGAGCACAAUAAGUUGUGGCUAAUGGAACCGGGGAGGAAUGUAAGGACUUCCGAAUUAUAGUCAUUGUUUGUUUCCGAGAUGAUCGUUGCCCUGAAAACUGAAAUUCCCGACCAAAAAGAACUUUCUGUCUAAUUAACUCGUCCCAUAAAAGCGGACAUUUCUGAAUUCUUCGUAGACAUCGAUGAGUCGAAGGAGUCCUGAUGGCUCUGAAAAAGUUUGAAAGUAGAGCUGGUUAGGCUGGUCGAACAGGCGAUUUCAGGCGCUUGCGCCUGUUUUUUCGUGCGCCUGUUCGACCAGCUCAGCUGGUGAUUCGAGAUCCUAAAGCUUUCGGGUUUUUGGCGAUCAUCCAUGUGCACUUUUUUCUGCCCUACCUUCUGUCCUAGUUAAUGAGGAAUUCUGCUUUUCAAAAAACCCAUUCCGAUCAGCUCUGGUGACUACGUCAAAAGGUCACGUCUUUACACAACAGUUUCAAAACAUGUGCAUUCUGGCACAUUCUUGUCAUAAAUUCAAGAGUUUGAAGAUUGAUUCUGAUUUUUCUCUUUUGAUCAUAUUGUGUACGUUUUCUUGAAAUACUUGGACCCGCUUGUUUCAUUCCCAGAACCGUUUGAAAGUUCACGUGUUCACUUCUCAAUUUCUCCGUAACAACAAUUUCCGUUUAUGGCCCGCCAGCAGAUUCUGACGACUCCAAAAAUGUUCUCUUGGUCCGAUCUACCAGCCUGAUUUCUUCUCCCUAACAGUGCUUUUGAAAUCUGCCCGCUGCGCGAGGCCGAGCUCACGCUCAAAAGCAGUUUUUGUCAAGUGGCCGAGUUUUUGAUGAAAUGGCCUAGGUUUCCGUGGUGGUCGAAAUGGCGGAAUGCCGUUUUUGAUUUCGAUUUGCCGCGAAAGAAGAGUUGUCUUAUUUUCAGUGAAUUGUCAAGGUAAUUUCAGAUUUUUAAAGCCAGAAAUAAAAAUUAACAAUUUAUUUCAAUUGGACGUUAUUCGUUUCUUACCGUUACUAUCUUACUCUUGUAAAAAUUAGGCGAAACCUUUAAUUUCUCGAAAUUUUAGGAUGUUAAAUUUCAACGAACUCCUUGGCCGUGUGGACAAACAAGGGCUCACCGAGUUCUUCGAUAACCCAGCAUUCCAGCAGCACAGAGAGCUCUUCGUAUGAUCUGUUCGUAUCGGACUGCUAAACCCCUCAUUCAGUUGCAGGCGACUCGUAAUUUCAUCGCCGGAUCUGGCAUUCAGCAUGCGGUCGGCGGUGCCCUUGGAUCCUCCGAAAAUACCUGGACGCGGGAGAAUCAGCCAGUUCAGAGAAAUCUCAUCUUCGGAGAGAAAGGCAUCGAGUUGCCGGGUCGUCUUGGCAAGGAACCGACCGCCUCUGAAGAAACUUUCACUGACGACGCCAUCGCCAAUCAGCCACAAGUUGUGAUCGACGACAUCGACAGUGAAGAAGUAUUUGUUUUUAUGCAAAAAAAAGUAAUGAAACAUGUUUUCAGCUGGACGAAGAUGUCGCUCGAGUGAAAGUGGAAGCGGACCGCGCGUUCUUCAAUCACAUGCUUCUUUCUCGUCCGGCGGCUGUUCCCAUCAAUCCGGCUCAUGCUAUGGAACGAGAUGUAACGAUUAUCAGGCAUUUUUUACUUAUCUAACUUUGUUUCAGGACCUACCACUGGGCAAUGGAACGUUUGUGAACAAAAAUGUUGUCGAUCGAAGAGAGCUGAUCUUCGGAGAUAAACUUCAAAAGUAUUUGAAGAACCAGGGCAAGAAGAACAUUGUGGAGCUGAUGAAAGAAGCCGUGGAAGAGAGCGGAACGGAUGGUGCACUGGGAGAUGUGUGGAACGACGUGACAUCAGUUAUGAACAGAAAGACAGUGUCCGAUCGAGAUGACGUGACGACAACUGCCGUGCUUCUGGAGGACGCCUGCAAGUAUCUGCAGACAGUGUUUGCAGAACACAUGCAGACCGUCGUCGAUCGGAAUCUGGAAGUUGCCGAGAGAGGAGGAAUCCCUGGCACUCGAGGACUCGUGAACGCCUACCUGAAAGUGGGAACCGAGGAUCCGUUUCAGCCAGAAGAUGACAGCAUCGAUGGAAUGCCCACUUGGCAAGUGACGUACCAUUGUGUUCGUGCCGGAGACAUGGCUGCUGCUGCCGAAACACUCAACAGACUGAAGUCGUUCCCACAGUGCGCCACACUCGUCGCCUCUCUCAACCACGUGGCAAAGCAUAAAAAGUGGGACUUUAUAAGAAAAUGAAAAAGAAUACGAAGUUCUUUUCAGAUUAGACGCGGAUCUGAAGAAAAAAUUGAAAGUAGAGUGGAGACACAAUGUCGGGCACACGAGAGAUAAGUACAAACGGGCCCUCUACGCCGCCCUUCUCGGCGGUCUCGAAUCGGCCGCACUCGCUGACACUCUUGAGAACUGGAUCUGGUUCAAACUGCAUCCCCUGCACGUCGAUCCGCAUCUGACUCCUCUUCUGUUUCAAGAAGUACAGAAGGCCGUUUCCAUCGAUUACGGUACGACUUGACCCGUCAGAUAGAGUAGUAAUCGUGAAUUCCAGGAGAGCAGUAUUUCAUGUCGAACGGACCGUCAGAGUUCCAGUACUUCUUCACCGCCCUCUGGCUUUCCGGACAAUUCGAAAGAGCCAUUUAUGUGAAGAUUUUUUUGAGUCUACCUAAUUAGACAACUGAAUUGCAGCUUCUUCAUGAAUGUGGACAGCGAGUCGACAGUGUCCACGUGGCAGUUCUUGCUCACAGACUUGGCUACCUUCGGAUGUCGCCCAAAUCGACAGAUGAGAUGUGUAAGUCAACAAUAUCUAUUCAGUGAUGACAGAAUGCUCAUUCCAGUGGUUGUGGAUUCGAACCAACCCACUAAAUGUCAUCUGAAUCUGGCCCGUCUCAUCGUCGCCUACACUAAAAGUUUCGAGCUCGUCGACGUUCCGCGAUCUCUUGACUACUGGUUCUUGCUGAAAGGAGUUGUCACUCCGACCGGAUCCGACGUGUUCGAAAUGGCAGUUAGCAGAUCUGUGUAUCUGACGGGACAGGCUGAUGCUAUUCUCGGAAAACUGACCGCGGAUGGAAGAAGAGAGAAAGGAUUGAUAGACGAGUAAGAUAGAACAGUUUAUGAAAGGAAUUAGAGUAAACUGAAAGUGAGAGUGUUGCUAGAAACGGUCGACGGAAACUGGAAGCGCACUCGUUUCUGAUUGCUGAAACAGGUGCAUCGCUCGAGGAACGAGGCGGUCGCCGUGGCCGCCUGCGUCGAGUCGAAUGUGAUCUCCGAGUGUGCCACCGAGUCGACAAAAGUGCUUGUUUCUUCCGAAUCCUCGCUGAAUUCACAGUGAAUCGGACAUCGUUGUUUCUGACGGAGAACUGAACGGCCGGGCACUUGGCUGAUGUGCGGCGGGGUGAAAUGCACUUCGUUUCCGCAUUCCGGACGGUUUUCAGACGGCUCUAUGUUCCCUUCAGACUGAAAUUAGAAAAAAUAUGGUUUUAAUCAAACACUGCCUGACGUUUGUCUUUUUCGGUGUUUUCCGUGUGCAAAAGCUGACCAAACUGGCCACGAUGAUAACAUUUAUGAGAAAGGUUGUGAACAAUUUGUUUAUAGUAGCCAGGAGUAUGUCUGAAAAGAAAAAGCUCAUCCACCCGACUCCAUCAGAAAUACUAACACUCGUGGAACAUUUCGGAGAAGGAAAUGACAAGAGAUACACGUCGAAUUAUGUUCGUUUUCAGAUAUUUGGAUGAUCCGUCCGAGGUUAUUUGCCGCGUGGCCACUGACACCGAACUAACCGGAGAAUGGGAGCACGCCGUCAAGCUGUACCUGCUGGCCUCGAAACCGACGAAUGCGGCCAAACUGCUUGCGUCGGAAAUCAGCGAGACUCUUCGGGCGGACAACAAGGAAAAGAUCGCGGACUUGGUGAACGUCGCCGAGCAGUUCAAGAGAGUCCAGAGAGGAUGUUCGUCCGCCGAGUACGCGGAGCUCUCUCUUCUCGUCGAUCUCGCUGUUCUCUUCGAUCACUGUCGAAACGAGAAUGCAGAAACCGCCUUUGGGUUCGUGAAUUCACCCGCAUCAAAUAUAAUUUGCUUUCAGAAUUUCCACCCAGCUGCGUCUGAUUCCUUCUGAGCCCGAUCAAGUGACGGUGAUCGUCAACGAGUUUCACAUGGUCCCGCAGAAAGUCCGUGAGGUUCUUCCGGAUGCGUGCUUGCUCCUGAUGAAGUGCCUCGUCGAUCACUGCAUUCGCCAGUCGACAACUCAAUCGGAUCAACGUGGAAGCAACACCUCAGCCGGCUCCACGUCCAUCUUUUCCCCGUCGAAUAGAUAUGUGAAACAGGUAAGAAUUGAAUUCAUUGGACUCGUUUACAACUGA